AUGGCACAAACAGCGGGUGUUAAACCUAUGACGAUAGUUGGUCGCGUAGCCAGUGAAAGGGAAAGAUGUCUUGGUAUGACUGAUGCAGAAAGGGCUUGGCGUAAGCAAUGGUUAAAAGAUCAAGUUUUAGCCGCUCACGAGCCAGUUCACGUGGAAGAAUAUUGGAGAGAGCGUACUAAUCCUAUUCGUCGUUUUUACCGGAAACCCUUGGACGUACUCUUUGCGAAACUUACCCCAAUGCUGGGAGAACAACGUGCUGCACAUUAUAGAUAUAUAUCUGGAAAACUUGGUUUAAUCGCUGUGGCUAUGCUAUCAACACAUUACUACUUUAAAUAUUUAGGAAACGACUGGACAAAGAAGGGUGGUUGGAAAGUACUAAAAACCAAACCAAUGGUUCUUCCUGGACAACCUGGAUUCCCAUUCAAAUCUGAGAAAACCGAUUCUGAUUACGCUGAAAGGAAAUUCAAGAGCUCUGUUAUUUAA